UGCAGCAUCCUGAGUUUCCCCCGAAUCGGGCCAGAGGGGGAAUUAACAGCUGGACUCUCCUCCCCCCCAGCCUGGGACCCCUGACUUUUUCUCUUCCCGAUCCCUUAUCUCUGGGAUCUCGGGAAACUCCCUGGGAAGUCCCCCCUGCAAAAAAAAAAAUCCCCUUCUAACAGCAAAGUCGGAGAGUGCGAGAGGUCCUUCCGCAGGGGCUAGGGGCGGGACAUAUGCUAAUGAGGAGCCUGGCUUCUAUAAAGACCGCAGGGCUGAGCUGCCCCCCUUCACUCAAGAUGGGCCUCUGGGGACUGUUGAAAGGCUUCCCCGACCACCUCCCUCUCCACAGCAGGUCCCAAGCCAUGGACCGCUCCCCGGGCACCGGCAGAGGGGUCUCUAACAAACGUUGCAUCGUCAUCUUGGGGGUCCUCUCGGGGCUCCUCGUCCUCGCCCUGGUAGUGAGCUUUGCUGUCUUCAUCCCCUGGGUCACCUCGGAAGUGUGCCAGCAGGGUUGGAAGUGUGUGACCCAUUGGCAUAACGAGAGCCGGGCACUGGGCAACCAACUGACCCACGUCCAGCGGACCCUCCUGCUGUUGAAGGAAUGCUGGGAGGCCUGCGACAACCACACGAGUAUCUUGGAGGAGACAAUGAAUAAUCAGAUGGAGAAGGUCCAGGGGCUGAAAACAGAAAUCCAGGAGCAGGAGGCGACUGUCAAAAAACUGAAAAUUGAGAUGCAGGAGCAGAACAUGACCAUCAAGGAGAUGAAAACAGAGCUGCAGAAGCAGGAUGGGACCAUCAAGGAGCUGAAAAUGGAGCUGGAGAAGCAGGACGUGACCAUCAAGGAGCUGAAAAUUGAGCUGCAGGAGCAGAUGGUGAAAGAAAAGCAACUCCAAGACAGUAUCCAAGAGUUAUCCUGGGACUUCAGGAAGAAGCUCCAACAGCAUGAAAACCAAAAUUGGGGAAAGAGCAAAGCCAACAGUGGGCCAACCAAAACAGAGGCCACCCUGCUUGCUUUCCCGUUCCUGCUGUUGUUCACCCUGCUGUAGUGAGGGGUGCCGGAGAAACCCAGAGGAGAGAACAGGUCUCUGGAUCAGAUGCUGGGACAUUCUCCAGGGAUGUCCCUAAGCCCAUUCCUGCUUCCUUCUCCUGGCUCCCUCCUCCCCUUCAUUGGCAUUAAUGGAGAAGAGCUUCUUGGUUCUUCAGUUUA